UUCAUUAUACAUAGAAUAUUUUUAUAUAUGAACAUCAUUUCAUUGAAAUUCAGCAAUGUCAUUCUCACCAAAUACGUUUAUUAAUAAUGUUCAUAAAACAUAUGAAAAUAUCACAUCUAUUAUUCUAAAAACACCGUUAUUGCAUUCGAAGUGGCUAUCUUCAGAAAACAAUUGCAAUGUAUUUCUUAAAAUGGAGUCAGAACAGAUUACUAAUUCUUUUAAACUUCGAGGUGCUGCAAGUAAAAUUAUUAAAUUGAUUAAAGAAGAUCCUGAUAAUCUCAGCACCGAGGGUUUUGUAACAGCUUCAAGCGGAAACCAUGCACUUGCUUGUGCAUAUGUUGCAGAGUUAGAAAAAGUAAAAACUCAAAUUUAUACACACAAACGAAUAUCAAGUAUUAAAAAGCAAAUUCUAAAUUCAUUUCCUAAUGUAGUUUUAAAUUAUUAUGGAGAAGAAUGUUGUGAAGCUGAAAUACAUGCUCGUGAAGAAGCUAAAAAAAAGGGACUGAUAUAUGUAUCUCCGUAUAAUGACAUCGAUAUAAUAAAUGGUCAAGCUACUAUAGGUUUAGAACUUUUUUCUCAACUCCCGAACCUGGACACUGUAUUUGUUUCUGUCGGAGGAGGGGGUCUUAUAAGUGGAAUUGCGCUUUAUUUAAAGUUAAUAAACCCGAGUAUCGAAAUCAUUGGAUGUCAAGCUAUAAAUGAUUGUUGUAUGCACGAGUCUAUUUCUGCUGGAAAAUUAAUUCAAAAUUAUUCAUAUUUAAACACGUUUGCUGACGGGGCAGCAGGAAAAGUUGAACCAGGUUCUAUAACUUUUGAAAUUUGUCAAAAAUAUGUUGACAAAUGGGUACUUGUAAAUGAAGAGGAUAUUGAAAAAGCAGUGUACGAUGUUUUAAUAAACGAAAGAAAAAUUAUUGAAGGAUCUGCGGGACUUACGAUUGCCGCUCUUCGAAAAACAAAAAUUGCUAAUAAUAAAAAUGUUGCUUUAAUUGUUUGUGGGGGAAAUAUUGGAAUAAAAAGUUUGAACUACUUGUUUGAAAAAUAUGCCAAGCCAAAUUUUUAAAUAUUAAGUAUUGUUUGUAAUGUUAUACGUGAAAAAAUAUGCGGAGCCAUAUUUGUAAAUA